AGUAGAUAGAAACGACUUCAGUUACUUCUAAGGCAGUUUCCCCGUCACAAAACAUUAUUGUUACACUUCACACUCAUACACAGCCAUGGUGUACCUGGACUACAAUGCGACGACACCUCUUGCCCCUGAGGUGAUUGAGGCCAUCAAAGACUCACUUCAUGUUGCCUGGGGAAACCCAUCCAGUUCUCAUGAAGCAGGUGUCAAGGCAAAAAGUGUCAUUGUCACGGCUCGGAAACAUGUGGCCAGCAUGAUAGGGGCCAAGCCAUCGGAUAUCAUUUUCACAUCAGGUGGAACCGAGGGAAACAACUGGAUUCUCCGCAUGGCUUUGCAGUAUUUUCACCAAGGAGACAACUCUGAGAACACAAAUGGCUGCGGGGAUAUGAACCCUCAAAACCAGUCAAAGUCAAGACCACGACCUCACUUCAUCACGUCCAACGUCGAACACGACUCGGUGAAGUUGGUUCUGGAGCAGUUUGAGGCCCAGGGACUGGCAGAUGUGACGUUUGUCCCCGUGAGUCAGUCCAGUGGCUGCGUAGCUGUAGAGGACGUCCUGUCUGCCAUCCGGCCUACCACAGUCAUGGUGACCAUCAUGCUGGCCAAUAAUGAGUCCGGAGUUAUUCAGCCCGUCCCAGAGAUUUGCAGAAGUGUGAAGAAACUGAAAAGGCAGGCAGGAGAGACGAGCAGAAUUUUGCUUCACACUGAUGCUGCUCAAGCCCUGGGGAAGAUUCCUGUAGAUGUCCAGGAUCUCGGGGUGGAUUAUUUGACCAUCGUAGGACACAAGUUUUAUGCUCCGAGAAUUGGUGCCAUAUUCGCCCGUGAUCCCAGUGAAGGGACGCCGAUCUUCCCUCUGUUGUACGGAGGUGGUCAAGAGAGGAACUUCCGACCUGGGACAGAAAACACACCAAUGAUUGCAGGACUUGGCAAAGCUGCAGAACUUGUCUGCUUACAUCUGGAGGAGUACCAGCAGCACAUGAGGAAAGUGAGGGAUUACUUGGAGACAAAACUCAAGGAAGUGUUUGGAGACGCAGUGCUCUUCAACGGCCGCUUUGAGCUGAGCGAGAGGCUUCCAAACACGUGCAACGUUUCUUUUACAGGGACUAAGCUCAGAGGCCAUGAGAUUUUGUCACGAGCCCCAGGUGUUCUGGCCAGUGUUGGGGCAGCCUGUCAUGCUCAGGACAGGCCAUCCCACAUCCUGCUAUCCAUGGGAGUGGACGAGUCCGUAGCGUGGCGAGCACUGCGCGUGUCUGUCGGACGAGAGACAACGACGAAAGACGUAGACUCGGCAGUGGCAGAGCUCUCAGCGGCACUGACAACUGAUGCUUGAGGACGAGUGAGGGAAAAUUACAUCAAAGAACCAUAACCAUAUCACAGAGUUGUUUUAUUUUUUAUUUUUAUUUUUUUCAUGACCUUUAUACGCAAUACAUCAGAGAGAGUUUUAACUUAAGGUAUGCCUAUUAGAAUUUAAUUUAAUUGUUUGAACUCAUGUUACAUUCAACUGUGCAAUAACCUGUGAUAAACCAUUAAAUUAACAAUAACAGAAACAGAUAUUUAUGAAAUGAUAAGAAACAAUUUUAAAAUGAUUAAUGAUCUGUGCUUAUACACAUUGCAUAAUAGGCCUACUUCCGAAACUUGAAUGGUACAAUUGACCAAAACUCCAUUAUGUAUUUUUGUAAUACGAUACCCAUAUUAAUUUAUAAUAAUGUUUAUGUUUAUUCCUACAUGUGCUUCACUUUUGUCAUGCCAUAAAACUAAUAAAAGAUUGAAAAAGAA